AUGAGGUGGGGAGGAGGGUGGUGGGUGGUUGUCUCUCAACAACAAAGGGAAAUCAAGGGGGAUGGGAAGAGGUUGCUGGCUCGGUUGGAAGAUGGGGAUGAGUUAGGGUUCUGGGUUCAUGGGGCCUGGGAUGGAGCGUGGUUGUUGGAUGGGUUUAGGUGGAGAGUGGUUGUGGGAUGGGUUUGGGUGUUUGAGCUUGACGGUGGUGGUCAUGGGGGAAUGGAGAGAGAGAGAGAGAGAGAGAGAGAAGGAACACAAUCUUCAAAACCUUCCCUUGUGGAACACAAUCGGCUUUAUUUCAACACUGGUACUGCACGUGGGAGUUUCAGAGCCUUUAUAUUACUGGAUGCAUAG